AUGGACUUCCUACCAGAAAAUCUCCAAACAGCUCUCCAAAAUCCUACCUUCGCCUACAUCCAAAGCGCGACACAAAACCACCUCACAACGAAACUUGCCGACCUGCGCACCAUGUAUCUCCAGCCCUACUUCAUCGAACCGCUAUCGAAAUUCAUGGCCUCACACCAAUCUUCGGCCCAGGACCUGGUUCUCACCGUACUCUUGGGACUAGUUUUCCUCUUUAUCACUUCCAAAGUCCUGGGCUAUGCCUACCGCGUCGUCGUCUUCUGGGUCACCCUUGCUUGCCAACUCAUCUUCUGGGGAUCACUCGGUGCCUUCGGCGUAUAUGUCUAUAAUGUGGGAGUCGAGAAGGCCUUUGCAGACUUCGGAUGGCUUGGUGGCGUGGUUUGGGGAUUUGUUGAUAACUUCCAGGCGAAGAGCAAAGCGGCUGCGGAGGCUUUUGCGGCGACGCAGUGA